AUGGUAAUUUCUAAUACAAAACAAGCUAUAACAGUAGAUGUGGGAGGACAUCUAGUUACUGGUGUUCAUGCUGAUACAUUAACUAUUAAUAGAAGAGUUUUCUGGGAAGAGUUAUCUGUCAUAGCUACAUUUAAUAAGCCUUGGAUGAUAAUUGGAUACUUUAAUGCAGUAUUAUCUAUGGAGGAAAAAAGGGGAGGAAGAAAUCCUUUAACUACUUCAAUGUUAGAGUUCAAUAACUGCAUUCAAAGCUGUAAAAUGAUACAAGCUCCAAAAACAUGUUUAGAGUUUUCAUGGUGCAAUAACAGAUCAGGGAAGAAGAGAAUAGUAUGUAAUCUGGAUAGAGAUUUUUAUAAUGCACAAUGGUUAAAUUCUUAUCCUAGUUGGGGUUAUAAAGUGGGAACAAGAGGUACUUCAGAUCAUAGUCCUCUUUUUGGAACAAAUGCUACAAUUCCAAAACCAGCAAAUGUGCCAUUUGGAUCCUUGAAAGUAUGGAUGUCUCAUGAAGAUUUUAAAAAGGUCAUUGAAGAAGCAUGGAGAACAGAAGUAAGAGGUAAUCCAGGCUUUAUCUUCUUAACUAAACUUAAACAUAUCAAGGUAAUAUUGAAAAAGUGGAAUUGGGUUGUCUUUGGUGAUGUGAAUCAAAAAUUGAAGAAAGCUGAUGAAGAAGUUUUGAAACAUUCUCUUAUAUCAGAUCAGUCUCUUCAUAAUACUACUCUUCUAAAUAACUUAGUUACUUCUAGAGGAGUUCAAGAAAUUUUAACUCAACAGAAGCAAGAGAUAGAAAGACAGAAAGCUAGAGUGAAGUGGCUUAAAUUUGGUGUUGUCAACACAAAAUUCUUCCAUGUAAAUAUGAAAAUAAGACAAAUGCACAAUGCAAUUGUGAAGCUGGAAAAGGAUGAUGGUGAACUGGUAUCCACUCAACAAGCUAUUGAUGAUAUUUUGGAAAUUUUUGAGCUGGAUCCAGAUAGCUCACCUGGACCUGAUGGCUUUGGUGGUUGGUUUUAUAGAAUGGCUUGGGAAAUUUUAAGUGAAGACUUCAUAAGGGCUAUACAAUAUUGUUGGGAAAAAGAAUUUAUUCCAACAGGUAUGAAUUCCAACUUUAUUAUGCUUCUACCAAAGAUUAAAAAUACAAGAAAACCAAACCAAUAUAGGCCAAUUGGUCUAAUGAAUUUCAGCUUCAAGGUUAUUACAAAGAUUAUUACAUCCAGACUAAGCCAUAUGGUUCAGAAGAUUGUCUCUCCACAACAAGGUGCUUUCAUUAAAGGAAGAAGUAUACAAGAUCAAAUAGUAUUAGCUUCUGAGAUGAUUAAUGAGCUGGAGACUAAGAGAAGAGGAGGCAAUUCAGCUAAAAUUUCAAUUCUAGUAAAUGAAGGUCCAGUUGGUUAUUUUAAUGUAAGCAGAGGCUUAAGGCAGGGAGACCCUCUUUCUCCCAUACUUUUUGUAAUAGCUGAAGAUGUUUUAAGCAGAAGGUUAACUUCACUAGUGAUGCAGGGUAAACUGAAACCUAUGAUUCAAAGAAAUGGAGUACACCCAACACAUAUAAUGUUUGCAGAUGACAUAUUCCUAUUUUGUAAUGGUGAAAAGAGAAAUCUACAGAGAUUAAUACAAAUUCUUGAUGAGUAUCAAAAUGUAUCAGUAUAUAAGUGGCCAAGAAAAGUUCUCAAGGAAAGUGAGAAAAUUAUAAGAAACUUUCUCUGGUCUGGAGAUCCAUCAAUUAAGAAGACAGUCACAUUGAAAUGGGAGAAAACUUGUGCUCCUUUAGCUGAAGGUGGGCUGGAGAUUAAAUGGGUAUCUGCAGAGGUAGCUGAGCAUCCUAGAUGGUUGGAUGGUGAUGGAACUGAAAUUUCAGUAUGGGAUGAUGUGUGGAUAAAUGAAAAAUCUUCAAAGGAUACUUUCCCUGAAAACAAUAUUAUGGUUCAAAACCAGGACAUGAAGGUUGCUGACCUAAUAAAAGAUGGAGAAUGGCAAAUUCCAUCAAAUUUUUUCCAAUUUUUUGUAGCUACAGAUCUUCCGGUUAUUGAUCAAAAAGGUGACAAGAGGAUAUGGAGUGCAACUUCAUCUGGUAAAUUCUCUGUAGCUUCUGCUUAUAAUUGUAUAAGGAAAAAAUUUCAACCUGUCAAUUGGGCAAACACAGUAUGGCACAAGAGUGUACAUCCAAAUGUCUCUAGUAAUGUAUGGAAGAUUCUGAGGGGAGUAGUGCCAACAGAUGAAACAAUGAACAAGAAGAAAUUCCAGAUAGCAUCAAGAUGCCCCUUCUGCAAAAAAGAAGAGGAAAAUCUAGAACACAUUCUCUGGUUCUGUGAAUUUAGUGAACUUACUUGGAGAUGGCUUGGAGAGGAAACCCAAGGGAUGCUGGAUUUGGUUUUAUAUGCAGACAAGGCACUGGAGAAUACAUUUAUGCAAUGUCAGUCUGACUCACAAGCAGCAAUAGCAGCUUUCCAAUCUGGAGAGAUUCCUUGGUGGGCUUGUACAAGAUGGAACAAAAUAAAAAGCACACUACAAGAAUGGUACUUCACUCAUAGCUACAGGGAAACAAAUUUCUCAGCGGAUUCAAUGGCAAAAAGAGGAGCAGGACUAGCCAAGGGAUAA